AUGGAGGCGCUUGCUGUAUUUGGGAUUGCUUGCAAUGUCAUACAGGUCAUUGAUUUCACACGAGAAACUAUUGCUAUAUGCAAAGAAAUCUACAACUCUGGAGUAUACUUCGACCGCGAUGGCUACGUUGACAAAGUUGCUCACAAAUAUGAGGGGCUUUGUUACGAACUGCAACUGAAACUUAAGGAUGAAGGCGACGAUUUUGAUCCCCAUGCGAGGGAGCUACUUGAUAUCGCCCGAGACUGCCUUCGUGCCUCAAAUAAGUUGAAAAUUGCAGCCGGAAAACUGUCACAUUCAGCAAAGGGUAACGCUUUGCGCUCCUUGUUUUCUGGGGUUUCCGCCAAAUGGAAAGAGGGACGUCUGACGAAACUGGAGGCCGAUAUCAACAAACACCAGGCUCGAAUGGAGUCUCAUCUAUUGAUGAAACAGAACGCCAAGUUUUAUGCCCUUGAGAGCACGCUACGGAUAUUUAUCGCAAACAUCGCCCAAGGACAGAAAUCUAUCGAACACCUCAUCGAAGCACAGAAAUCAGCCAUCAAUGUGCACAUUUCCGAGGAAGUUGCAGCUCAGACUAAUGCGAUCAAAGAACACAUCACAAGAGAAUUCGAGACCAACAAACCUAGGACGUAUGACGCUAUCGACGAUGCACAGCAAGCCUACGAGAAGCUCAUGAAGAGCCUUCGAUGCGACGGACUAAACGAUCGAAAGAGUCAAGUCGUGCUCUCUCACACCGGAACGUUCGAAUGGAUUUACGACUCUAAUAAGUGGACAUCUCGACCUGGCACUUCCAAUGACAAAUUUACGAACGGAACCACGGAAAACGGACAUGAACAACACAUUGACGACCACUCAAGUCAUACGUGUGGCCCAGCGUCCUCGGCGCGCUUUUCUUGUUUUCCUUGCUGGCUCGUUGGGGUUCCUGGUAGUCCAUACUGGCUUUGCGGGAAGGCUGGCUCGGGGAAAAGCACACUGGUCAAAUUUCUUAUGAGCCAUAAGAACACAAUACGGCUGCUGGAGAAAGCCCACGGUCCCACCUUGAUCGUAGCACACUUUUUCUGGCUUUCUGGAAGCCCAAUUCAACGCAGUCUAAGAGGCGUCGCGCUGUCUCUGCUCAGCCAGCUUCUGAGCCAGAUCGAAAUUGAGAAUGAGCAAGAGGAGGUGGUGAUGGAACCAACUAGACGACGUUGGACCCAAGAAGCUGUUGGCGCCAUUCUUCGGGCCGUGCCGAGCGCUUCCCGGAAAGUUUCUGCACAAGACUGGUCCUACGAGGAACUGUGCGGUGCUACUGAGGCCCUGCUGGAAGCAUCUCCUUCCACAGUGUGCAUAUUUCUCGAUGGAUUAGAUGAGGCUGACAUGGACGUUCAAUCGGCUAGUCCCAAGCCUGUGUUAUCGUUCGUCGACAAGCUCUGCCGCUUGCCCCGUGUCAAAGUAUGCAUCUCGAGCCGACCGGAGCCUGCCUUUCAUUCCAAAUACUACAAAGAUCCGCAGCUUUUGGUACAGAACCUUACCCGUGACGACAUAAUGGCAUACGUCGUGGACAAUUUUGAAUCACAAUUACCACCAAGCUGGAAUGAAGACGAUCAUAACAAAUCGAUGGUGCAAGAUCUGGCAGCCAAAGUUUGUGAAUACUCCGAUGGCGUGUUUCUCUGGGUCCGUCUUGUCAUGCGGAGUCUCCUCCAAGGACUUGUCAAUGGCGACACACUCACCCAGUUGCACGAGCGAUUAGAACUGCUGCCACGCGAUAUCAACAAACUUUAUCAAAAUAUGUGGGAUCGCCUAGAUGAAGGAGACCAGCAGAUCUACCAACGAGAGGCCGCACUUUACAUCAACAUGGCACUUGACAGACUCCAAAUUAGUUCGUACAUACCUCUGGGCGACGCGAAGGCAGAGCCUCCUUUAAGCGACAUCCAACUAUAUGCUGCCAAUCAUCUGGGCGAAGUACAGAGUCUUUUUGCAAAUCCUAGCAGGCACUCAAUACAAACGAUACAGUCACAAAGCGCCAAGUUCGGCAAACGUAUCGAGACACUGACGGCCGGAUUAUUGGAAGUCGCAACCGUUGCUUCGUCAUCUCUCAAAAUUGGACAGAUUGGUUUCAUCCAUCGCUCUGCCAAAGAAUUCUUUGUUAAUACAGUUGAGGGGCAGCGCCUCUUAGCAGCAGACACGACUACUAAGGCGUGGCGGCUCGAUGGUAUUCUACGAGGCAUUUUAUGUCGAAAGUGGAUUGACUGGUUUGAAAAAGAAUCAUCGAUUUCAUUGAAGAGCCCGCUUCAGUUCAAGGUAAUCUAUGAUUUCAUGUGGGCUGUUGUUGGUGCCUUCCACAACGGAUAUGUGGACCGACAGCAGCAGCUGUCUCUCAUACAUCUGUGUGAACGGGCAUUUUUUGCGAGUAACCAACUCACAGGGCGCCGUAUUAAAGCUGUUGAAUGGAAACACCCCGACGAAAACUUCUUAGGGCCGCUGAUCGAAACACAUGACUUUACUGAUUUCAUUAUUAGACUUGGAGACCCGGAACUCCUUGUGUCAUGUCUCGGGGCCGAUCUUGAUGACACGGAGCGCCUUAUGCGGGUUGCUGACAGCAAUUUGUCUCAAGAGAAAUGGCCGAUGGUAUACUCGCAAGACUACAAAGCGUUUAUAUUGUACAAUUUGCUAAGGAACCACUACUUAGCAAGAGGCGGCGGUUCCUUUAUGCGAAACUACGAGUCAAUCUUCUGGAUGCUGGACCAGGGAGUUUUCGAAAACUGGCCACAGGGAAAGGCGGUCGCUGGUAACGUCGCAGGUCUUGCCGGAAUGUCUGUUUUGGCUCUUUUGGGGCAUUGCAAGUACGAGUUUGAACUGCAGUUCCUCAUGGUUUUACAGCGAUGUCUGUUGUUGGAAAAUGCCUGGACCGAAAAUCCAGUAUUCACGAUAGAGGAGUCGCUGCCGCGCACUGGCGCUUGCACUAUCCUCGAAAAUCCAUUAUUUGGGAACAUAAGUCCCUUUGGGGAGGAUACGCCUUCUUAUCGCUUGCUAUGCCAGGUAUCGAUGCCCUUUGCGGUGUUGGCUGGUCUUGAAUCGAUUUGUACCGAUGGCAAGGAGAUACAGCAGAGAGUGAGAGAAUUGAGAGAUGAGGUCUGGCGUCGGUAUCCAGAAGGACCGCCCCCAGCAAAAAUAUUUAUGUUGACAUGGCACGAUCACGACGACAAACGGGACUGCCCGCCUCUCGACGUUUCGGAGAUGAGCUGGUCAUCACUGUCUCUUGCUCAAUUUAAUGCACUCAGGAAACCUGGCAAGGUGGGACCCUUGGAGAACGACGUGUUUGCAGCAAACACAGAAACAUGCAAAUCAUGGACAUCACUAGAAGGAAUGCUUGAAGAGAUCAAGAGAAGGAUGAUGGCAUGA